AUGUCUUCUGUUCGUGAAGUGAAAGUGGCCACCGAGGUCCCUGGACCUCAGUCUAAGGCCGAAGCCGAGAAGCUGGGCUCAUUCUUUGAUAACCGAGCUUUUUACUUUGUUGCUGAUUACGACAAGAGCGAGGGCAACUACAUUGUCGAUGUUGACGGCAACCAGUAUCUUGAUGUCUACUCUCAGAUUGCCUCCAUUCCUGUUGGUUACAACAACCCAACUCUCACCAAGGCCGCUCAGUCCCGUGAGAUGAUCUCUGCCCUGGUCAACCGUCCUGCUCUGGGCAACUUCCCCUCCAGCCACUGGCACGACUCACUGAAGAACGGUCUUCUCAAGGUCGCCCCUGAGGGAUGUGACAAGAUCUUCACUGCUCAGUCCGGCUCUGAGGCCAACGAGCUUGCCUUCAAGGCGGCUUUCAUGCUGUACCGCCGCAAGCAGCGUGGUGAGGGUGUCGAAUGGUCCGACCACGAAGUCAGCUCCUUUGCCAACUCGUUCCACGGACGAGGAUUCGGUAGCUUGUCUGCCACCCGCUCAAAGGCUGUUCACAAGCUCGAUAUUCCUUCAUUCAACUGGCCUCAGGCACCCUUCCCUGCCCUGAAGUAUCCUCUUGACAAGUUCGCCGCUGAGAACGCCGCCGAGGAGAAGCGAUGCCUCGAUAAGGUCGAGGAGCUCAUCACCACAUGGCAAUUCCCCGUCGCUGGUUUGAUCGUUGAGCCCAUUCAGAGUGAGGGUGGUGACAACCACGCCUCCCCUGCUUUCUUCCAGGGCCUUCGUGACAUCACCCAGAAGCACAACGUCACCAUGAUUGUUGACGAGGUCCAGACUGGAUUCGGCGCCACCGGCAAAUUCUGGGGCCACCAGCACUGGAACCUGACUUCUCCUCCUGAUAUUGUCACUUUCUCCAAGAAGGCCCAGACUGCCGGUUACUACUUUGGUAACCCCAGAUUGGUCCCUGAUAAGGCUUACCGCCAGUUCAACACUUGGAUUGGUGACCCAGCCCGUGUUCUCAUGAGCAAGGCCGUUGUCGAGGAGAUUCUUGCCCGCGAUCUCGUCAGCCAAACCGCUCGCGUUGGUGUCGCCCUCUACAGCGAACUCGAGCGCCUCGCUACCAAGUACCCCCAGCUUGUCAGGAACCUGCGCGGCAAGGGACAAGGAACAUACAUUGCCUUUGACACAACCGACCCGGCUAGCCUCGUCAAGAAGAUGAAGAGCCUGGGCGUCAACAUUGGCACAUGCGGCACCCAGACGGUGCGACUCCGUCCCAUGCUCAUCUUCGAGGAGGCUCACAUUCCUUUCUUGAUUUCCGCAUUGGACAAGGCUCUUGGAUCAGCAUAG